AUGUUGAUUCGUCCGAUCCAAUACCAGAAAUCAGGGAUGAGCUCAUCGCGCUCCUGGAGCGUUUUGUUCAUCUUAUUGCUUCCCACGCAACCAUUGAUCUUCAAGAGACGCCCAAGAAUACUUCACGAACUUUGCGAGGCAGCCCCAGAUGUCGCACGAGCCAUUGCAGGCACUAUCCAAGGAAACAAGACGGUCCCAUCCGAACAGCAGGUCAACGCGAACACUGCCCUCUUAAAACGAAAGUGGAAGCCAGACCAAGAUCCCCCAUAUCGUCCAUCAAAGUCUACCAGGAUUAGUGGAUCUUCCGCAUACCUUGCGAAAUCCAUUCCCACUGCUGACUGUCGCGGUCUGGAAACGGAAAGGCCGAUCAUGGACGAUGACGAAGCUCGUCCAAUAGUCACCACGGCAAGCGAGGACAUGCUACUGAUGGAGACUCCAGCAUCACGUGGACCCGAAAACGCCGUACCAGAUGCUGAAUCAAUGCCUCCUGCCGGAAAGACCCCAGAUGCAGGACAGAUUGAGAAAAAGUCCUCAACUCAACCUAAGGUCUACCAAGAAAAAGUACUAGUGUCAGCUGAGAGCUCUAGUUCAUCUCGCCAAUCUCCGGCAGAUUCCUCUAUCAUGGAGGCAUCGCCUAUCCAGGAGUUGAUUGUCGACGCUGCUCGGACCCUCUACCAACUUAGCCAACACCAGGAUGGCAUCCCAAAGGCUAUACACAGACGAAUUCUACGGUCAUUGCAAGGCAGCCAGCCGGAGGCACUUGCCGCAUCUACGAGUAAUACAUGGUCCGAUGGUUCGAUAUGGGUACAACUACUCGAGAUGGGAUCCUCUCGGCAACGUCAUGUUACGAUUCUUAACAUGCUGGAGUACAUGGGGGCCUGGGAAUGGUAUGAUGGCCAAGUACGACUGGCGCAAAGGACAAUCUCCACCAAGAAGGGUCAGCCGGUGGAUCGUCGAGGAGCUGCGAUCCAUGUGCUGAACGAGAUGCAGACCACUCGAGGGAGUGUGGAAGGUCGGGGAAGGUGGAUGAGCGGGGUUGGAAUGGUUGCGUUGAACCAAAGUGAACCUAGCCACGAGCUUCCAAGCAGUCCGGUCAGCCUUGCUGAGAGUGACCAGCGCCAGCGGAGGAAACUUAUCAGCAUGCAACUUAGCAGAGGCCAGAAGCUAAGCACGAAGCUGGUUAAAAACCUAGGAUUUGGGAUACUGUUCAGCAAAAAGAUUUGGGAUUAUACUAAGAUGAGCAUGAAGCGCCUGGACGACCUUAUACAUUCGAUCCAGGCAGAUCCCCAACAUACGAGGCUCCUUCAGAUCCUUGGCCUCCAACUAGAGCGCCUUGUGAGCCACGGUUGGCCCGAUUUUCGUGAUUUUAUUACCCGUCUAACAAGCGGGGGGCUGAUUUCAGAAGACGAGGCUCAGGAAUUGCGGAUUACUUUCCCGUUAGAGGACGAAGCUCUUCCCGCUGGCAAACUGGAUACUGCCAUUGACCAGUUGUUUGAAGGAGUCAAAGCCAGAGUGUUAGGCCAGACCAUACUUAGUCCCAACGACACCUUGGCCGUGAAUGGAAGUAUGGAGCUGGAAUGUACAAUACUUCAGCACCUCCGUCCAGGGGUACGGCUCGAUGCAUGGACAAUCCUGGCGGCUAUGCAGAUAUCCGACCGGCCGGCAUUUGUUCGACACGACAAAAGCAUUCCUCUCGAUGAGAUUAUUGCGAUUCAGCCAGUAAAGCGAAUCCGACCGUUCAAACGGCCACUAGCAUCGUGGGCCAAGAAGAUUUCAAAGUACCGACGACAAGCUAAAGAAACCUUCGGAGAGGUUAUUCCAUUAGUCUUCUUCUGUCCUAUUAAUCACACAGACAGCCACUACACGUUACUUGAAAUAAAUGAACGGGAGCGAGUGAUUCGUCAUUAUGAUUCGCUAGCUGAUCGAGGCGCUGUUGGCCAGACCCGGAUGUCGAGAUUGGUCCAGGAAGAAUUUGGGGCCCUGAAGUUCUCCUAUCAAGAAGCUCCCACUCCGCAACAGAAUGAUGCUUGGAGUUGUGGUAUUAGAGUUGUCUGGACUUUUCAACGCUUGUCAAAUGGCCUUCCGAUCGGUGGGUGGGACAAGGUACUGAACCCGGAACCCAUGAUACUGGAGAUAAUAAAUGGGCUGGUCACUUGUGUUGAGGAAAAUGCCAUGGAAAGAUAUCAACGUUGA